AUGGUAAUACAGACAUGCUUGCAAUCUCAAAUCAUUGAUGCCCAGGAGAAAGCGUUAUUCAAGGAAAAUCUUCCAGGCGAAACCUUACAUGGUUUAGAAGUGAGAUUUGAAACCAAACCUGAUGGAGUUCGUUAUUUUAAGGAUAGGGUCUGGAUUCCAAGGGUUAACAAUCUCAGAGACGUAGUACUAGAGGAGUCUCAUCGAUCUAAAUACUCAAUCCACCCUGGAGCGGAUAAGAUGUACAAGGAUCUUAAAGAGUACUAUUGGUGGCCUGGAAUGAAAAAGGAUAUUGCCUUUUACCACACGAGUAUCCAAUGUGCUCCAUAUGAAGCAUUGUAUGGAUGCAAGUGUCGUUCUCCAUUGUGUUGGACAGAAAUCGGAGACAGACAAUUGACUAGACUCGACCUUAUCCAGGAAACAACUAACAAGAUUGCUAUCAUCAAAGAUAGGCUUAAAGCCGCCAGAGAUCGUCAGAAAAGUUAUGCGGAUAAUCGUCAAAAACCAUUAGAAUUCCAAGUUAGAGACAAGAUCAUUGAAAGGAUUGGUCCGGUGGCAUAUAAACACCAAUUGCCCCAAGAGUUAAGCGCCAUUCACGACACAUUCCAUGUCUCCAAUCUUAAGAAAUGUUUAGCCGACGAAGCAUUGAUAGUACCUCUGGAAGAAAUUAAGAUCAAUGAUAAGCUAAACUUUGUUGAGGAACCGAUAGAAAUCCUUGACACAGAGGUAAAACAACUUAAGCAGAGUAAGAUUCCUAUUGUGAAAGUUCGAUGGAACUCAAAAUGCGGGUCGGAGUACACCUGGGAGCGUGAGGACUUAAUGAAGGAAAAGUAUCCACAACUUUUCCCAUGCGAUGACAAACGAUGA